GAGACGUUGUUUUUGUUUUUGCGCUAAUCGAGAUAUCAGACAUUCUUGAUAUCAAAGUCAGAAUCUUCAAAAUCAAACCAGCUAUAUUUUAGCAAGACCCAUCAUUCAGUGGUCAUUCCUCAAGCUAUGAGUAUCAUUGAUUCAUUGCUUCAUCGUUCUCAGGGCAAACAGGGACGGCCACGACGCAAACCCCCCUGCAUACUUUCGCACUGUCUGCCUAAGAAUCAUUCUCUGUUUCUCAUCCUUCAAUCGGAAACCCCACAGGGUCAACGAACCAAUCGAGGCAUCAUUUUUGACAAAUGAAAUAGAAAUUAAAUUAUAGAGUAUCUACGGUCCGCUAAACUCCAUUGAUAUAUUCGUAAGGAGGUCAAUUCAAGGGCCAUUGAGAGACAUGCCAUCCGAGAUCGAGGUCGUUGAAGAGGUCCAAUACCAGGAUCAGCAACCGGCGGCUUCCGGCACUGCGUCUGGCGGUGAUGAAUUGGGCGAGGAGAGCUUUCGGAACGAUUGCUACACCGCUGCGGCUCAUGGGGAUUCGGAGACUCUUCAUAGAUUGGUAGAGCAGGAGGGUUGCUCCGUCUCGGAGCCUGAUGGGCUCGGAAACUACGCCCUCCAACGGGCGGCACUUAACAAUCGUACUGCCGCUGCUCAAUACAUUAUUGAGCAUGGAGCAGAUGUAAACGCAACAGAUCAUACUGGCCAGACUGCAUUACAUUGGAGUGCAGUCCAUGGUGCCAUCCAGGUUGCAGAGCUUUUGCUCCAAGAAGGUGCACGAGCAAGUGCUGCUGAUAUAUAUGGGUAUCAGACAACACAUGUUGCAGCUCAAUUCGGUCAGACAGCUUUCCUCUACCACAUUGUUUCAAAAUGGAAUGCUGACCCUGAUGUUCCUGAUAAUAAUGGAAGAAGCCCCUUGCAUUGGGCUGCAUACAAAGGCUUUGCUGAUUGCAUCUGUCUUCUGAUAUUCCUAGAUGCAUAUAGGGGGCGUCAGGACAAGGAGGGUUGCACUCCUCUCCAUUGGGCUGCUAUCAGGGGUAAUUUGGAGGCAUGUACUGUGCUAAUACAGGCUUGCAAGAAAGAGGACCUGAUGGUUACUGAUUAUACUGGCCUUACACCUGCACAGCUUGCUUCUGAUAAGAAUCAUAGACAAGUUGCUUUUUUCCUUGGUAAUGCCAGAAGGUUGCUUGGUAGAGGCUGUGAUGGGAAUAGCCGCCUUGGAAAAGUCUCCAAAUUAGGACUUGCUCCUGUACUUUGGUGUAUGAUUUUUGUGCUCCUGGUCACCUAUAUUCACUCGGUCAUCUUGGCUACAAAUCUGCCUAAAUUAACAGCUGCCUCUGGUCUUCUAGCAUGGUUUGGAGUUUUCCUUGCAACUGCUGGAUUAUUUAUGUUUUACAGGUGUAGCAGCAAGGAUCCAGGUUUCAUCAGAAUGAACAUGCAUGAGUCUGAGAAUAGUAAAGAUGAUGAACCUCUCUUAAAGAUUGAGAUAAAUCAUCCUGCGUUGCUUGCUGGAAAUUGGUCCCUUCUUUGUGCAAUAUGCAAGAUUGUUAGGCCCCUUCGUGCAAAGCACUGUUCUACCUGUAAUCAUUGUGUGGAACAAUUUGAUCAUCACUGUCCUUGGGUAUCUAAUUGCAUCGGCAAGAGGAACAAAUGGGAAUUCUUUGUUUUUCUUGUUCUUGAAGUUUUAGCAAUGUUGAUGACUGGUGGAGUUACUCUUACAAGAAUAUUAACUGAUCCACUUGCUCCUCCAUCAUUUGGAUCACUGAUUCAAUAUGCAUUCACACAUCUUGCGGGGGCUACAUCAUUUUUAGCUGUUGAUUUUUUCCUCUUCUUUAAUGUGUUGUUUAUGACAGUUGUUCAAGCUUAUCAGAUAUCACGCAAUAUUACAACAAAUGAAAUGGCAAAUGCUGUGCGAUAUAGCUACCUUAGAGGUGCAGAUGGUAGAUUCAGAAAUCCCUAUGAUCAUGGGAUCAAGAAGAAUUGUACAGAUUUCUUGAUCAAUGGAUUCAAUGAAGAUGUGCAGUUAAUUGAAGAAUCAGAUAAAUCUGAGGGUAUAGGAAUGAUAAACAUUCCAAGGAACUCAAGCCUAGCCAACAGAGACUCACAUUCUCGCGUUGAAAAUGGCAACGGCCAUGUUGUCAUUAAUGUCGGUUCCAGCGGCACCAGCUCUAAUUCGCUCCAUGCUUGUGCUCUUCACAGUCAUGGCAAUGGUCAUGCUCAUUCCUCUCGUUGUUGCCACAAUAAUGCCCAUGGCAAAACAAAAAAUGAGAGUGUUCCUCUGGGUUUAGGACUUGGUCUUGGUCGGAACACCAGAUCUGGUGCAUCCUCGUCAUGAUAACUACUAGAAUGGCUGCUUUAAAGUGUAAUGUACCAUAGGCAUACAUCUGAGCUAGUUUUUGUCAAUUCAAUUUAUUGUGGUUCUAAUCCACUGCCCAGUGCGCAAUUUUGUGGCGUUAUAUUUUGCUCCUUUAUCAGGGUUUAUUUACAGUCUGAAGUCAAGCCAGCUAACAUGACGUCCUGAUGAAGUGCUGUUUGUCUAGCAUGUUGGGAGACAGGAUUGAGGAACGUCUGCGAGUCAUAGAGGGUUGUUCCUUAUGGAUUGUUAUGAACAAGGGGGGGAAAGGAGAAAUGAAAUAGAAAGUCAUGUAUCAUCUCACUGAUAGAGUACAACGAUGAAAGAAUACCUAUCGUUGUCUAGCUAGUUACAGUGAAUGUUGUACAUACAUUAAUCUGUAAAUGAGCCAUUUUUUUAUUCUUUACAGUUAUUAUCAA